CAGAACUUGUAAUUUUUUUACUCUCUUCACUCUGUCAAAAAAUGACUUUUCUUUCUUCCCAACUUUCUCUCUCCACUUCUUCUUCUUCCUCUUCUAUGCUCUUCAGAAACCUUCUCACAACUACUUGUCUUCAAGGUUACUUCUUUUCUCACCAUCAACGUAAACUAUUAUCCAUUAACAGAAAACCCAUUUUGAAAAAACCUUCCUUUACGAGACCAAUCCACUCGUAUAGAGUAUUAUCAAUGGCUGAUAAACAAACCAUAUCACCACCAGCUCAAUCUCAUACUAAUCGGCUUGCUUUAGAACAUAGUCCGUAUCUUCUACAACAUGCUCAUAACCCGGUUAAUUGGUAUCCAUGGGGUGAAGAAGCAUUUGAAGAAGCUAAGAAGAGAGAUAUCCCAAUUUUCUUAUCAAUUGGAUACAGUACUUGUCACUGGUGUCAUGUUAUGGAGGUAGAGUCAUUUGAGGAUGAACAAGUGGCUAAAUUGCUAAAUGACUGGUUUGUUAGUAUCAAAGUGGAUCGCGAGGAACGACCUGAUGUUGAUAAGGUGUACAUGACAUAUGUGCAAGCGUUGUAUGGUGGUGGUGGUUGGCCACUCAGUUGUUUCCUCUCACCUGAUUUGAAGCCUUUAAUGGGUGGAACAUACUUCCCUCCAGAGGACAACUUUGGGCGACCAGGAUUCAAAACUAUACUUCGAAAAGUAAAGGAGGCAUGGGAGUCUAAAAGAGAAGUGCUGGUUAAUAGUGGAGCUUUUGCAAUAGAACAGAUGUCAGAGGCUUUGUCUGCAAGUGCCAGCUCUAGUAAGUUAACAAGUGAUGUAGCUCAAAAUGCAUUGCGUCUCUGUGCUGAACAGUUGAGUCAGAGAUAUGAUUCGAAAUUGGGAGGGUUUGGAUCUGCCCCGAAGUUUCCAAGACCUGUCGAAAUUCAGCUAAUGCUUUAUCAAGCAAAGAAUCUGGAGGAGGCCGGGAAAUUAAACGAAUCAAAGAAACAUCUAAAAAUGGUGUAUUUUACCUUGCAAAGUAUGGCAAAAGGUGGCAUCCAUGAUCACGUUGGAGGUGGUUUUCAUAGAUACAGUGUGGACGAUUAUUGGCAUGUUCCACACUUUGAGAAAAUGUUGUAUGAUCAAGGGCAGCUUGUUAAUGUCUAUUUGGAUGCCUUCACUUUUACAAAGGACGCCUUCUACUCAAAUGUUGCUAGGGAUAUUCUCGACUAUUUGAGGAGAGAUAUGAUUGGACCAGAGGGCGAAAUAUAUUCAGCUGAAGAUGCUGAUAGUGCUGAAUCUGAGGGUGCCACAAGAAAGAAGGAAGGAGCUUUCUAUGUUUGGACGAGUAAAGAGGUUGAAAGCAUCAUCGGUGAAUAUGCAAAUCUGUUCAAAGAACAUUAUUAUAUAAAACCUUCGGGGAACUGUGACCUAUCUAAAAUGAGCGACCCUCACAAAGAAUUUAAGGGUUUGAAUGUGCUCAUAGAGAGAAGUGAUGCGUCUGCAAUGGCAUCAAAGUUUGGCAUGUCCAAGAAUGAGUAUUUUGAUGUAUUGGGAGCCUGUCGAAAAAAACUUUUUGAUGUUAGAUCAAAAAGGCCACGCCCACAUUUGGAUGAUAAGGUGAUUGUUUCAUGGAAUGGACUUGUGAUUUCCUCUUUUGCAAGAGCUUCUAAGAUUCUCAUGGGGGAGCCAGAGGGUACCCAAUUCAGUUUUCCUGUCGUUGGAUGCAAUCCUGAGGAAUAUCUAGAAGUUGCAAGCAAAGCCGCAUCUUUCAUCAAAAGACAGCUCUAUGAUGAUCAAACAAAAAGGUUACAACACAGCUUUCGGAAAGGUCCAUCAAAAGCCCCUGGAUUUUUGGAUGACUAUGCUUUUUUAAUUCAAGGGCUGCUGGAUCUCUAUGAGUUUGGUGGUGGGACCAACUGGUUAUCAUGGGCCAUUGAACUACAAGAUAUCCAGGCAAGUGACUUGUCAUUUUCCCUUCUCUAUACCUGCUCUACCAUCUUUGUUUGUUAUUGUUUGACACUUCUAUGUGAAUUACGGUACCAGGACGAGUUGUUUCUUGAUCACGAGGGAGGAGGUUAUUUUAACACCACUGGAGAAGAUUCUUCUGUGCUUCUCCGUGUGAAAGAAGAUCAUGAUGGAGCGGAGCCUUCUGGGAAUUCUGUAUCGAUAAUAAAUCUUGUGAGAUUAUCAUCUAUGGUCGCAAGUAGCAAGUCCGAGAAAUUCCGGCGAAAUGCCGAACAUGUUCUGGCAGUUUUUGAGAAAAGAUUGAAAGACAUGGCUAUGGCUGUUCCUCUGAUGUGCUGUGCUGCAGAUAUGCUUAGUGUUCCUUCCAGGAAGCAAGUUGUUCUUGCUGGGCCUAAACCUUCUCUGGAGUUCCAUAAUAUGAUAUCUGCCAGUCAUGCAUCUUACUAUCCGAACAAAACGGUAAUUCAUGUGGAUCUAACCAACAAAGAAGACAGAGAAUUCUGGGAAAAGAAUAAUGAAAACAUUGCCCAGAUGGCCAAGGGUAGUCCAGCAGCGGACAAAGUGGUUGCUUUUGUUUGUCAAAACUUCACAUGUAGUGCUCCAGUCAGCGACCCCGAGGCUCUGAGGACUUUACUCGACCCAAAACCAUCUCGCAAGUAGAGUUAUCUUUUCACCUUCCCAGCCAGCGGGUCCAGUAUUAUCUGUACAGUGUUCUUUUGGAAACGCUCUCUUGGUCGAUAAGUUUGCUCUUGUACAAAUUUUUUGGUGAUGUAAAAUAAAGAUCUUCUGUAGCAGCAGUAAUAAUAAGUGAUAGUAGAGAAGAGUUAACAAACAAAAAGAAGUCUGUUGUGGGGUUGUAAUAAUUAGCUGUCUCAGUUUUUGAUAUGUAGAGUACUUUUUAUAUGGAGCAAGCUUGUAUAGAACCUGACAGACGCACCAAUAGUCCAAGCCGGGAUAUUGUUAACCUUUGUUGUUAUUCUUGAUGGUUUAAAGAUGCCUGUAUCGAUAACCCAGA